GACCCUAACGGGUCAGCGGGCAGGUCCGUGUGGACAGACCCCCAGUUGCAGAUUUUAUUCUGGAAGUGCAACUGUCCCAAAGGUUGAAGGAGCUCACAUAACAGGGAUUGAAGAAGUGGUCAUUCCGAAAAAGAAAACUUGUGAUCUUGAGAAAUAAGAACUGGCUUUAAGUGAGACCUGAACUUUUUAUUGGCCAAUCCAUACUGAGAGUGGAAUCACUUGUUCGUUUUGUGGGUAUGGAAAUCCCUGACAUGGGUCAACUUGUGGUUCUUGUUCUUAGGGAUAAAGUGGCUGUUCUUCAAGCACUUGCAUCCACAGUGAAUAGGGACAUCACAGCUGCCCCUUACGCAUUUCAGGAUGACCCUUACCUCAUACCAACAUCCUCUGUGGAAUCUCGUUCAUUUUUAUUGGCGAAGAAGUCUGGGGAGAAUGCAGCAAAGUUUAUUAUUAAUUCCCAUCCGAAGUAUUUUCAGAAGGACAUAGCUGAACCUCAUAUACCGUGUUUAAUGCCUGAGUACUUUGAACCUCAGAUUGAAGAUAUAAGUGAAGCAGCCUUGAGGGAAAGAAUCAAACUCAAAAAAGUCAAAGCUUCUGUGGACAUGUUUGAUCAACUUUUGCAAGCAGGAACCACCGUAUCUUUGGAAACAAGUAAUAGUCUCUUGGAUUUGUUGUGUUACUAUGGUGACAAGGAGCCCUCAUCUGAUUAUCAUUUUCAGAAAAGUGAAAAAUCAGAAGAGUUGGAGGAGGCCGCGGAGGAAAAUGAUGAGAAAUCUAAGAAGGCUGAUCAGCAGUUUGGAGUCACAUGGAGGGCAAAAAACAAUGCUGAGAGAAUCUUCGCUCUAAUGCCAGAGAAAAACUCACACUCCUACUGCACAAUGAUCCGAGGAAUGGUGAAGCACCGAGCUCCUGUGCAGGCUUUAAACUUGUACACUGAAUUAUUAAACAACAGACUCCGUGCUGAUGUGUACACCUUCAAUGCAUUGAUUGAAGCAACAGCAUUGAGUGUGAAUAAGAAUAUGGAGGACAAAUGGAAUAAUAUACUGGAGUUGCUAAAACAAAUGGCUGCACAGAAGGUGAAACCAAAUCUACAGACAUUUAAUACCAUUCUGAAAUGCCUCCGGAGAUUUCAUGCAUUUGGAAGAUUGCCAGCCUUACAGACCUUUCGUGAAAUGAAAGCCAUCGGAAUAGAACCCUCGCUUGCAACAUACCACUAUAUUAUUCAGCUGUUUUAUCACCAUGAAAACCCUUCAAAAGGAUCAUCGCUCAUACUCUAUGACAUUAUGAACGAAUUAACAGGACAGAAAUUUUCCCCAAAGGACCCAGAUGACGAUAUGUUUUUUCAGUCAGCCAUGAGAGCAUGCUCGUUUCUCAGAGAUCUAGAACUUGCUUAUCAAGUACAUGGCCUUUUAAACACUGGAGACAACUGGAAAUUCAUUGGACCAGAUCAUCGGCGUAACUUCUAUUAUUCCAGGUUCUUCAGUUUGCUUUGUCUAAUGGAACAAAUUGAUGUCACGUUGAAGUGGUACAAGGACCUGAUACCUUCAGUAUUCUUUCCCCAUUCCCAAACUUUGAUAGACCUUCUCCAAGCAUUGGAUGUGGCCAACCGGCUAGAAAUGAUUCCUCAAAUCUGGAAAGAUAGUAAAGAAUAUGGUCACAUUUCUCGCAAUGACCUGAAAGAAGAGAUUCUGAUGCUCAUGGCAAGGGAUCAGCACCCACCAGAGCUUCAGGUGGCGUUUGCUGACUGUGCUGCAGAUAUCAAAUCCACUUACGAGGGCCAGGAUGCCAGACAGAUUGCUCCUGAGUGGCCAGCCAACUGUCUCAACUAUAUAGCUGUCCUCUUUUUAAGGGCUGGCAGAACGCAGGAAGCCUGGAAAAUGUUGGGGCUUUUCAAGAAGCAUAAUAAGAUCCCUGGAAAUGAGUUGUUGAAUGAGUUUAUGGACAGUGCAAAAGCAUCCAGCAGCCCUGCCCAGGCCAUUGAGAUAGUGAAGCUUGCAAGUGCCUUCAGCUUGCCUGUUUGUGAAGGCCUCACCCAGAGAGUGAUGGCUGACUUUGCAAUCAGCCAGGAACAAAAGGAAGCCCUGAGAAACCUAACCUCACUGACCAGUGAUAGCGACAGCGACAGCGACAGUGACAGCAAUGAAGGCAAAUAAAAGUGGGCGAAUCAGGAGCAGCUGUGGCCUAGCAUAGUUGUUGUACUUACACUUGAGAACUGACAUCUCUGUUCAACUGUCUUGUGAAGAAAACAAGAGAAUUCAGACUUGAACUUCAAAGAACAAUAGGUAUAGCAUGGACUAUUUAAAUUCCUAAUUUGAUACUUCCUGAGCCACCCAUUCAGGGUUGACCACUUGAACAGAAGCAGCACUACCAUUUUCUGUGGACACACACAGUGAGGACACGGCUCCUGGCUUCAGCAUAAGCUCUGUGCAUGAGCAGUGUUUGUUCAGCCGACUUCACGCUGCUGCCCAGUGUGGUCUGUCUUCGCGUCGUGGACUUGGCCUUCAGUAGCCCAAUUUAAGGGAUAUUUUAGAGGUGAGAAAUUUGCCAUUGUUGUUUAAUCAUUUCUAAGACGCAUAGUGUUUGGGCUGCACGUAUGGGAAAAUGAAGGCUGUAAAUAAACGCUGUAGUUAAGGUGCAUUUGUACACAUUCCCAUUACUUUUACACAGCCUUUGUCCCCCCUCCUCCCCCGGCCCUGGGACUUGCAUGAAAGAGCUCCAUCUCCCUUGCUCCCCCCCCCGCCCCCGCCCCCACCAUGUGCCAGCACCUUUAGUUGUACUCAGUGUACUACAAGUGGUCUGAAGGGAGGGCCGCUGGGCGCCUGAGUGGCUCAGUCAGUGAAGCGGCUGCCUUCGGCUCGGGUCAUGAUCCUGGGGUCCUGGGAUCGAGUCCCGCAUCACGCACGUUCCCUGCUCCGCGCGAAGCCUGCUUCUCCCUCUCCCUGCUGCUGCUCCCGCCUGUGCGCUCGCUUGUGCUGUCACAUAAAUAAAAUCUUUGAAAAUCUAACAAAAUAAAGUGAGGACUGCUAGUCAAGAACGUCUACUGCUACUACUGGCAUUUCUCUUACCACUGUGAAACCUCAGCACUGGAAGUGAGCAGGAACCUGCGCAGUUUACAGGAGCAUUCUUGCCCUUCACCAGGGCUUCCGCAGGCUGCUUUGCUCAUUCCUGGUCCCGGAUAGUCUGAGGGGGCCCCAUGAGUUCCUCCCAGAUGAACAGCUUCAUCCUUACCCUACCAGGGCUGCCACUGAUGGGCUACUGUUUCGUACCCUUGUCUGUUACAUGUAUCUGCUUCGGUUCUUUCCGUCCUCUCUCUAGACCUGGACCCAGCCGUAUAUCCUCAGAACCCUAAGUAUUGGUUCAUGUUUUCUCCUAGAUUGCCGGUUUAAGACUUCUAAAUAAAGGACAAAGGGGGCAGGGAAAUGACAGUAAUGAGCUAUUAAGCAUUCACGUGCAUUAUUCCCUGACAGAACGAAGCAAAUGAACAAAAGGACAGUUAAGCUGAUUGGCCUUUGAUCUUGGUUUACAACUUCCAGGGAGAACCUGGCUUCCUGGAAGUUUCUGUUCACUCUGCUCCUUCCCAUCUUUCCUACAGAUGCCUGCUCUCUUCUUGGCCAAGUACUCACUGCAAUCCUUAUAAAUGUGGUAUACUUCUCUCCUUGUCAGGCCCCAACUGAACCCUCACCUUAGUGCUUGGUAGCUACAGAGCUGAUAGGACAAAGUCCCAUCUGGGCUGAUGUCAUGAAAAUUUAUAAUGGAUUUCAAUGUAGUUCAGUUGUUUUAACUGCUGUAGUUACUGCAAAUACCCAGUCUAGGCAAAUAACUGCUUCAAAGUUUCAGAAAAUUAACCCUAUAGGACUGGUCUCCAUUCUCUCAAGAACGAGCUCAAGAGGGGGUAGGGUCAGAGGGAGAAGCAGACUCCCUGCAAAGCAGGGAGCUCGAUGGGGGACUUGAUCCCAGGACUCCAGGAUCAUGACCUGAGCCGAAAGGCAGGAGCUUAACCAACUGAGCCACCAAGGCACCCAAAGAUUUUACUUUUAAUCUCUACACCCAACGUGGGGUUCGAACUUUUAACAACCCGGAGAUCGAGUCGCAUGCUCUACCAACUGAACCAGCCAGGUGCCCCUCCAUUCUCUCACUGCUACAUGUUUAUUCACGGACUAAUGAAAUAUUAAACUCUAAUAGUAAAA